UCCAGGCGUGAAAAGUGACUCGAUUCGCUGGAAUUAUGUAGCAGCGCUAGCGCGAACGCAAGCAACCCACGGAACUGUACGUGCGUGAACAAGUUCGGAGGCGGGUACGGGUGGCGGCGGUCUCGGAAAACGGCGUCCAAAAUCGACUCAUCAUCAUCAUCAUCGACCGUCGCGGUGCUCUCGCACUCGUUCGUUCGCUCUUGGCUUUCCCAACAAUGGCGACCACCGCACCGCCACCGGGACCGAUCCGCUUCGGAGCCACCACCAGCACCAGCAACACCAGCGGAGGCUUCCGGUUGUUGAUGGACGACCCCAGUGCCUAGCCCCUCGAUCCGAGCGACGCGCUUUUACCCCACCACCACCACCAGUCGGUCAACAGCGGAUCGAAAACGCGCAGAUCCUAGGCGUCCAUAUCGAGAAGAAGAAGAGGAAGAAGUGUCCGAUCGUGGCUGGCGUGCCUCAACAGUUAGCGGCAGCGACGGCGGAGCACCCGAUAACACGCGGGCGGGGUAGAGGGCGCACGGAACGAGGAUGUUCGAUCGAAAACGCGGGGACGAAAAGUUUUCCAUUACGCCCCACUCCCCCCCCCCCCCCCUCCCGUUCUGAAAUUGUGAAAUCCUUUUCGGUCGCGGAACUAGAUUCUAGAGCUUGUUAUCUGUUGUACGCGUAUGUGUUUGUGUGUAUGUGUGUACAGUGAAUAAGUUACCGUGACAAAACAGGGAACAGAGAAGAAGCCUCCGGUGAUCUGCGUUUCAGCGGAAGGAGAAGAAACCAAAAAAAGAAAAACGAAGCAAACACGGGCAUGCUGCGAUCAUCGUAGUGCCCCGCGCGGUGAAAACGAAGGAAAACUUGCGUUUGGUGUGUUUAGCACGGUGCGCGGUUUGUCGCAGGAUUCCGGAAGAUUCAAGGGCAAACCGGAAGCCCACCGUGGUGCACCACACCCGGACCACACCCCACACGCGCCAGGUUGGUGGGGCGGAAAAGCAGACCCUCGACUCGACGGUUGGAGGCGCCCGUUUGUUGAUUAAUUAAUUACCCUAAGGUUGUAGGUGUGUUAUUGGUGUUGGUUGGCGAAGGAAGAAGGAAACGCUAGAACGGAGUAGUUGGCCAGCAGCACCGGUUUGAACCGGAAACUAAGCGGGCAUCAUGGAUCCGGAACAGAUUCUGUUGGAUAGCAACGACUUUGAUGACGGUUCCGAUUACGGUGACUACGAUUUCAUGCAGGAUCAGGAUGCGCUGUCGAUGAGUGCACCACUCGACCAGACCAAUGCCAUUCUGGACCCAUCGACCACGCCGAUCUCGUGUCAAUCGUCACCGAUCGAGGAGUCCCUAGGAGGAGCACUUGAUGGUGGAAAUCUUGAAGAAGCGACGUCAGCGGCAGCACCACCACCACCACCCCCGGUCGUAGUUCGCCUGUCCACCGAUUCUUCUUCUGCCCAACGCACCACGACGACGACGACAACGAGCAGCGUGGUGCAGCUAAAACCCAACACCCAAAAGCUUACCAUUAAAACAGUGGUCCUUGGUUCAUCGGCAACCAGCGCCAACACAUCCGGCGUUGGCACAGGAAGCAGCACCGGUCGAUCGUCAACGUCCUCGUCCACCUCAUCGUCACCAUCGUCCUCCUCGCCUUCACCGUCACUCGGUGGCGCUAGCAUCCCCUCCUCGGCGUCACCGUCAGGUGGUGGCGUACGGUUUGGGCUCGGCGGUGGCAAACCGUCGGCCGCCGCCCUACGGCGAGGACCUGGACGGCCAAAGAAAGAUUUCAUUCCACUGCUAAAGAUGUCGUCCUCGUCGACGAACAACGGUUCGGCCGCGGCUGCAAAUACCGGCGGCAGCAGCAGCUUUACCUCCGGUGCAACGACGCUCGCCGGUGGUGCAACGACGAUCAUCAAGCUGACCAGUACGGGUGGAGGGCUAGCGGCCGCUCUGGCCGCUAGUGGCAACAACACCACCACCAGUGGCAGUUCACUGGCGACCGAAAGUAAAAUCGUCAAGAGAUAUAAGAAUACUAAUGUUGUUCGUGGUGGUAUUCCUAAAAGGAAAGUGGAGCUGGCAGCGCUUACCAUGCAGCAGGACGUUGGUGUCCAUAGCAACAGCAGCAGCAGCAGCGGCAAUAGUGGCACUACUGGUCCAGUGGCAGCAGUUUCUGCAGCAGUCUCACCGAACGGAUCACAACCGACGGUGACGGUGCCGCUCGGAUCACUGUUAGCUUCGCCAAGCGAGGAAACGGCACCGUCCGGUGCUGGUGGCGGCAGUACCACCGCCAACAGUUCCGUUGCAUCGACACCGACCGCCGAGCUGGAGCUGGUGUCCGAUCCGGCAACACUGAUGCCACCUAACGCCGCCGCCGCCGCCGCCGCAGCCACCACCCCCGUCGACGAUAUGCCGUACUUUCCGGAGAAGUAUCCCGGCAAGCUGUGCAUCCUGUGCAAUCUCGGUGAACGGAGCCAGCUCGGGCAGGGUGAGAUGCAGCGCAUCGAGAUGACGAUACCGGCCG